AUGGACAGCUGUCUGUUUUUCCUCUCUCUCUCCUCCCUCCUGCUCACCACUGCUGAUUGUGGUGACGUGAGGCUGGUGAAUGGUGGCAGUCCCUGUGCUGGGAGGGUGGAGCUUCAUCAUGAAGGACAGUGGGGGGCAGUGUGUGAUGAUGCCUGGGAUAUGAAUGAUGCUACAGUGGUGUGCAGAGAGCUGGGCUGCGGGGUUGCUAUGAAAAUACCAAGUACAGCUCAGUUUGGAAAGGGUUCUGGGAAAAUAUGGAUGACAAGGGUGUCCUGCAAAGGGUCAGAGUCCAUGCUGAAGGACUGUCUAUCACUGAGGUGGGGUGUAGAUACAAACCUCUGUAACCUUGAUAAUGAUGUUGGGGUCAUCUGCGCAGGUAUGUUUAAUUAGCUGGUUGGGGGGCCUCACCGGUGCUCUGGGAGAGUAGAGUUCUCGAAUGGUGACACGGUGUGUGACGCUGUGUUCGACCAGCAUGACGCAGAGGUUGUGUGUCGGGAGCUGGGGUGUGGAGUGCCUGUAGAGGUGCUGAAGGCAGCUGCAUUCGGAAAGGGGGAGGGUCAGGUGUGGUCACAGGAGAUUCAGUGUAAGGGUGAUGAGUCCCAACUCAUCGACUGUCCUAGAUCAUCUGUGCAAAACAAGAGCUGCUCUCAUAAGCAAGAUGUGGGAGUGAAGUGUUUUCGGUACAGUAAAUUCAGGCUGGUGAAUGGUUCAGACUCCUGCUCUGGUCGAGUGGAGCUGCAGUACAGCGGUAAGUGGGGCUCGGUGUGUGAUGCAUGCUGGGAUAUGAGAGCCGCCACUGCCCUCUGUCAGCAGCUGGGCUGUGGGACAGCAGUGGCAAUCCCGGGACAGGCCUGGUUUGGAAAGGGGAGCGGGCCAAUCUGGACUGAUGUAUUUGAGUGCCAGGGGAACGAGACACGCCUCUCACAGUGCGCCGUCUCUUCCUGGAAGCGAGCUGCAUGCUCACAUGGGCAAGAAGCAGGAGUCAUUUGCUCUGGUAAGGGUGAUGUGAGGCUGGUGAAUGGUGGCAGUCCCUGUGCUGGGAGGGUGGAGCUUCAUCACGAUGGACAGUGGGGGACAGUGUGUGAUGAUGGCUGGGAUAUGAAGGAAGCUGCAGUGGAUGCCGGCGUCAUCUGCUCAGGUCCCAGGCUGGUUGGGGGGCCUCACCGGUGCUCUGGGAGAGUAGAGUUCUUGAAUGGUGACACAAUGUGUGACGCUGUGUUCGACCAGCAUGACGCAGAGGUUGUGUGUCGGGAGAUGGGGUGCGCGGGACCUGCAGAGGUGCUGAAGGCAGCUGCAUUUGGAGAGGGGGAGGGUCAGGUGUGGUCAGAGGAGAUUCAGUGUAAAGGUAAUGAGUCCCAACUCAUCGACUGUCCAAGAUCAUCCAUACAAAAUGAGAGCUGCUCUCAUAAGCAAGAUGUGGGAGUCAUGUGUUUUGGGUACAGUAAAUUCAGGCUGGUGAAUGGUUCAGACUCCUGCUCUGGUCGAGUGGAGCUGCAAUACAGCGGUAAGUGGGGCUCGGUGUGUGAUGCAUGCUGGGAUAUGAGAGCCGCCACUGUCCUUUGUCAGCAGCUGGGCUGUGGGACAGCAGUGGCAAUCCUGGGACAGGCCUGGUUUGGAGAGGGGAGUGGGCCAAUCUGGACUGAUGUGUUUGAGUGCCAAGGGAGUGAGCCACGCCUGUCACUGUGCACUGUCUCUUCCUGGAAUCGAGCUGCAUGCUCGCAUGCACAAGAUGCAGGAGUCGUCUGCUCUGGAUCAAACUCUUCAGAUCUUGAUGGGCAGGUGAGGCUGGUUGGAGAGAAUGGAUGUGAAGGCCAGGUGGAGGUGUACUACCAGCAGACCUGGAGGAGAGUUCUCCUGGACACCUGGGGCUUCAAUGAGACCUCAGUAGUGUGCAGACAGCUGGGCUGUGGCUCAGCUGAGCAGGUCCAAAGCUCCUCUCCAUCUGGGAGGAGGAACAGGGAUGAUUGCCUCACAGGGUUCAGGUGUUCUGGUGCGGAGUCUCACCUGGGGAACUGCAGUGCUCCUCACACACUCACCUGUAGUUCCAGCCAACAGGUGUCCAUCUUCUGCUCCAACCACAGGUCCCUCAGGCUGGUGGGGGGAGGGGGGGACUGUGCUGGAAGGCUGGAGGUGUUCCACAGGGGCUCCUGGGGGACGGUGUGUGAUGAUUCCUGGGACCUGGAGGAUGCUCAGGUGGUGUGCAGGCAGCUCCGGUGUGGGACGGCCCUCAGUGUCCCCUCACCCUCCCCCUACAGGCCAGGAACUGGAGCCAUCUGGCUGGAUGAGGUGGGCUGCGUGGGGAACGAGACGUCCCUGCGGGAGUGUCCCUCAGCAGAGUGGGGACAACACAACUGUGGACACCAAAAGGAUGUAGGGAUCAUUUGCUCAGAAUUCAAGCAGCUCAGACUGGGAAUGACACAAAACACAGAGGGUUGUGAGGGGCAGGCAGAAGUCUUCUACAACGGCACCUGGGGGAGUGUGUGUAUGAAUGACAUGGUGCCAGAUACAGCUCGAGUGAUCUGCCGCCAGCUGGGCUGUGGGGACGCUUGCCAGUCUUCACCUUGGGGUCAAAACGAUUGCAGUCCCAAUGAGGUGGCUGUUAUCACCUGCACAGGCCCUAAGAGGAAAGUUCCCAGCUUAGAGACGACACUUCAGUCGAAUAAGACCCAGGUCCAUCAGCAGAAAGAGCUGAGGCUGGCCAGCCCCAGGAACUGCUCUGGGAGGGUGGAAGUUCAGAUUGGGGGCUCCUGGGGGUCCAUCUGCAAUGACUUCUGGGACAUGAGGGAGGCUGAGGUGGUGUGCAGACAGCUGGGCUGUGGGGAGGCACUGAGACCUGAUGAGAACAGCACGUCCACCAGAGGAGAUGGAUCCUUCUGGCUUGACGAGAUCAAAUGCAGGGGCACAGAGCUCUACCUUUGGGACUGUCCUCACUCUGUGCUGAGAGAGAGGAGCUGCCGAGACAAGGAAGAUGCUGGGGUUAUUUGCGCAGGAGAGCCCAAACGUCCUACAGUGACUCAGCCCCCAUCAGGCAUUUCCAUCUCCAAUGUGGCCUUCCUGGUGCUGGGGGCUCUGCUGUUCCUGCUGCUGGCUCUGCUGUUUGUGCAGGUGUCCCGGACCAGAGCGCUGAAGAGAGCACUGUCUCAGGGGAAACAAGCCCCCAUAUAUGAGGCCGUCUACGAGGAGAUCGAGUACAAAGAGACCAGAGAGGAAGCCUACAGCACCCCCCGAAGGGGAAGUGUCCUUUCUGAGGAUUUACACUCUGGGUAUGAAGACGUGGGGGACGGUGAAGCAGACGCCAUGUCAGGAGAGCUGAUGACAGAGGACACACCAGAGAACUAUGAUGAUGUUGUUCCAAUCGAUCAGACUGCAAGCAACUUGUCAAGAGGUGUGCUGACAGGAGACACCACAGAGUACUAUGAUGAUGUUAUGAGCGUGGGGCAGAGUGCAGACGUUGAGGCAGCGGGGAGAGUCCUGGCCACACUGUCCCCUGAGGAGGGACUCCCAGCCCCUGAUGGGCUUGACUAUGAUGAUAUGGACAGCUGUCUGUUUUUCCUCUCUCUCUCCUCCCUCCUGCUCACCACUGCUGAUUGUGGUGACGUGAGGCUGGUGAAUGGUGGCAGUCCCUGUGCUGGGAGGGUGGAGCUUCAUCAUGAAGGACAGUGGGGGGCAGUGUGUGAUGAUGCCUGGGAUAUGAAUGAUGCUACAGUGGUGUGCAGAGAGCUGGGCUGCGGGGUUGCUAUGAAAAUACCAAGUCCCAGGCUGGUUGGGGGGCCUCACCGGUGCUCUGGGAGAGUAGAGUUCUCGAAUGGUGACACGGUGUGUGACGCUGUGUUCGACCAGCAUGACGCAGAGGUUGUGUGUCGGGAGCUGGGGUGUGGAGUGCCUGUAGAGGUGCUGAAGGCAGCUGCAUUCGGAAAGGGGGAGGGUCCGGUGUGGUCACAGGAGAUUCAGUGUAAGGGUGAUGAGUCCCAACUCAUCGACUGUCCGAGAUCAUCUGUACAAAACAAGAGCUGUUCUCAUAAGCAAGAUGUGGGAGUGAAGUGUUUUCGGUACAGUAAAUUCAGGCUGGUGAAUGGUUCAGACUCCUGCUCUGGUCGAGUGGAGCUGCAGUACAGCGGUAAGUGGGGCUCGGUGUGUGAUGCAUGCUGGGAUAUGAGAGCCGCCACUGCCCUCUGUCAGCAGCUGGGCUGUGGGACAGCAGUGGCAAUCCCGGGACAGGCCUGGUUUGGAAAGGGGAGCGGGCCAAUCUGGACUGAUGUAUUUGAGUGCCAGGGGAACGAGACACGCCUCUCACAGUGCGCCGUCUCUUCCUGGAAGCGAGCUGCAUGCUCACAUGGGCAAGAAGCAGGAGUCAUUUGCUCUGGUAGGGGUGAUGUGAGGCUGGUGAAUGGUGGCAGUCCCUGUGCUGGGAGGGUGGAGCUUCAUCACGAUGGACAGUGGGGGACAGUGUGUGAUGAUGGCUGGGAUAUGAAGGAAGCUGCAGUGGUGUGCAGAGAAUUGGGGUGUCAGGAAGCUGUGAAAACACCAAUCACAGCUCAUUUUGGAAAGGGUUCUGGGAGAAUAUGGAUGACAAGACUGUCCUGCAAAGGGUCAGAGUCCAAGCUGAAGGACUGUAUAUCAUUUAGGUGGGGUGUAGACACAGACCUCUGUAAUCUUGAAAAGGAUGCCGGCGUCAUCUGCUCAGGUUUGUUUGGUCAGCUGGUUGGGGGGCCUCACCAGUGCUCUGGGAGAGUAGAGUUCUUGAAUGGUGACACAAUGUGUGACGCUGUGUUCGACCAGAGGGACGCAGAGGUUGUGUGUCGGGAGCUGGGGUGCGCGGGACCUGCAGAGGUGCUGAAGGCAGCUGCAUUUGGAGAGGGGGAGGGUCAGGUGUGGUCAGAGGAGAUUCAGUGUAAAGGUAAUGAGUCCCAACUCAUCGACUGUCCAAGAUCAUCCAUACAAAAUGAGAGCUGCUCUCAUAAGCAAGAUGUGGGAGUCAUGUGUUUUGGGUACAGUAAAUUCAGGCUGAUGAAUGGUUCAGACUCCUGCUCUGGUCGAGUGGAGCUGCAGUACAGCGGUGAGUGGGGCUCGGUGUGUGAUGCAUGCUGGGAUAUGAGAGCCGCCACUGUCCUUUGUCAGCAGCUGGGUUGUGGGACAGCAGUGGCAAUCCUGGGACAGGCCUGGUUUGGAGAGGGGAGUGGGCCAAUCUGGACUGAUGUGUUUGAGUGCCAAGGGAGUGAGCCACGCCUGUCACUGUGCACUGUCUCUUCCUGGAAUCGAGCUGCAUGCUCGCAUGCACAAGAUGCAGGAGUCGUCUGCUCUGGAUCAAACUCUUCAGAUCUUGAUGGGCAGGUGAGGCUGGUUGGAGAGAAUGGAUGUGAAGGCCAGGUGGAGGUGUACUACCAGCAGACCUGGAGGAGAGUUCUCCUGGACACCUGGGGCUUCAAUGAGACCUCAGUAGUGUGCAGACAGCUGGGCUGUGGCUCAGCUGAGCAGGUCCAAAGCUCCUCUCCAUCUGGGAGGAGGAACAGGGAUGAUUGCCUCACAGGGUUCAGGUGUUCUGGUGCGGAGUCUCACCUGGGGAACUGCGGUGCUCCUCACACACUCACCUGUAGUUCCAGCCAGCAGGUGUCCAUCAUCUGCUCCAGUGAGUACAGAGGGUCCCUCAGGCUGGUGGGGGGAGGGGGGGACUGUGCUGGAAGGCUGGAGGUGUUCCACAGGGGCUCCUGGGGUACGGUGUGUGGUGAUUCCUGGGACCUGGAGGAUGCUCAGGUGGUGUGCAGGCAGCUCCGGUGUGGGACGGCCCUCAGUGUCCCCUCACCCUCCCCCUACAGGCCAGGAACUGGAGCCAUCUGGCUGGAUGAGGUGGGCUGCGUGGGGAACGAGACGUCCCUGCGGGAGUGUCCCUCAGCAGAGUGGGGACAACACAACUGUGGACACCAAAAGGAUGUAGGGAUCAUUUGCUCAGAAUUCAAGCAGCUCAGACUGGGAAUGACACAAAACACAGAGGGUUGUGAGGGGCAGGCAGAAGUCUUCUACAACGGCACCUGGGGGAGUGUGUGUAUGAAUGACAUGGUGCCAGAUACAGCUCAAGUGAUCUGCCGCCAGCUGGGCUGUGGGGACGCUGUAGGUUUUCAAGACGGAACCACCUCUUUGCCACCGGAUGCUCCUCGAUGGUUGGACAACGUGCACUGCCGUCCUCAUGACACUUCCCUCUGGCAGUGCCAGUCUUCACCUUGGGGUCAAAACGAUUGCAGUCCCAAUGAGGUGGCUGUUAUCACCUGCACAGGUCGCAAGAGGAAAGUUCCCAGCUUGGAGACAUUGCGUAAGUGGAAGAAGACCCAGGUGAAUCAGCAGACAGGAGAGCCGAAAUGUACCGAAGUGACCCAGCCCCCAUCAGGUAUUUCCAUCCCAGCUGUGAUCUUCCUGGUGCUGGGGACUCUGCUGUUCCUGCUGCUGGCUCUGCUGUUUGUGCAGGUGUCCCGGAGGAGGGCACUGAAGAGAGCCGCUCCCACAGACCUGUCCCAGAGGAAUCCAGACCCCAUAUAUGAGGCCAUCUACGAGGACAUCGAACACAAAGAGGCAAGAAAGGCAACAUACAGAGUCUCCCAGGGGGGAAGUGUCCUUUCUGAGGAUUUACACUCUGGGUAUGAAGACAUGGGGGACGGUGAAGCAGACGCCAUGUCAGGCGAUUCUGGGAGAGAAGAGGGGGGUGAGGAUUAUGAUGAUGUCAUCAUCAUCGAGCAGAGUCAAGGAGAGCUGAUGACAGAGGACACGCUCGAGAAAUAUGAUGAUGUCAUUACCAUCAAUCAGACUGCAGGAAAUUUGACAAGAGGUGUGCUGACAGGAGACAACACAGAGUACUAUGAUGAUGUUAUGAGCAUGGGGCAGAGUGCAGACGUUGUGGCAGUGGGGAGAGUCCUGGCCACACUGUCUCCAGAGGAUGGACUCCCAGCUCCCCAUGGGCCUGUCUAUGAUGAUGUGGGGUGGAGCCACAGAAGAGGUGUGCGGACAGGGGACACCACAGAGUACUAUGAUGAUGUUAUGAGCAUGGGGCAGAGUGCAGACGUUGUGGCAGCGGGGAGAGUCCUGGCCACACUGUCCCCUGAGGAGAGACUCCCGGCCCCUGAUGGGCCUGACUAUGAUGAUGUGGGGGAGGAGCCACAGGACUUUGGUGAGGUAGCUUGA